GGUUGCAUAACAUCUAAAGCGAGCUUUGCCUUCAUUAGCAUUCGGAAAAUAUUGACCAGGCCGAACACAUGCCAUUCGAUGCGGAGUUUAUUCCAGCUUUUGUGGCCACGUUCCCAAAUUCAUAAUUCAGUAAAACGAGGCAAGUUGCCGAGAGCGGCUGAAUUUUCAUUAUAGUCAGCGAUGAACAUGAGGAACGAGGACACACUUUUCGCCAUUUACGCGUUCAACGCGGGCCUGUUGGUGCUCAAAAUGUUCAUCCUCGCCUUCUCCACCGGCUUGGUGCGCACCUUGAGAAAGGUGACCCCGAACGCGGAGGACGCAAGGGCGAUGGGCGUCGAACCCUCGAACAAAACAGACCCCAACGUAGAAAGAGUCAAAAGGGCCCAUUUAAACGACCUGGAGAACAUUCCGAUCUUCCUGAUCGUCUCCUUCGUGUACAUCCACACGCAGCCCAACUUGGGCCUGUGUCAUUUCCUCUUCUGGACGUUCACGGCGGCUCGAUUCGGCCACAGCAUCAUCUACGCUCUCUACCCGCUGCCGCAACCGACCAGGACCAUUAUUUUCCUCGUCGGCGUGGCCAUCACGAUUUUCAUGAUUUUCGCCAACUUUGUUUAUUUCAUCAACGCACUGGUCCAGAUGUAGAUUGAAUUAAUAUUUUAAACGGCGCCUCAAGAGUUCUCACAAAGCAAAUUCAUAAAUCACAUUAAAAAAUUUUAAUUAUAAUAUAAAAAAAAUGUUUCUUUCCCAAUGAAUUAUGAAUUAAUCAUUCAAUAAUUUGUAACAAUAAAUUAAUAAAAAUCAUCAUUGGUUUGCAAAUUUCACUUCUUCAAAUUGAAUCGUAUUUAACAAAAAUUAAUUUUUUUUAAACAUUUUUAUUUGUUUCUAUAAAAAUUGUGGUCUUUAAUUGAAAAUAACAAAUACAACAUGU